AUGGCAAGCGAAAUCAUCACAAAAGUGGUCAAGGAGGUUAAGCAAGUGCUAAACAGACUUUCACAGACUUCUCUCAAUCCCUCAGAAUCUAUUGGGCUAUCGCCUCAAAGACACCAGAAAAGCCAUGAAAGCUCUUGGGGGAUCGAGCAACGGCUUAAGCAACUAGAAGAAAAGUUAAGCCUUGGGUACGAAGAAACAACUCGUAUCAUUGGUGUCGUUGGGAUGCCUGGUAUAGGUAAAACCACUCUAGCUAGGAAUCUAUACGAGAAGAUGAACAACGGGUUCUUGAGCCACGUGUUAAUCCCAGAUAUCCAUGAAAUCUCAAAGGAAUAUGGGUUGAGUUACUUGCCUACGAUUCUCUUGGAAGAUUUAUUGAAUGUCAAGGAUCCCAAAAUUGAGACAGUCAAAGCUGCACAUGACGCUUACAAAGAUCAACUACUAAAAACCAAAGUCUUUGUUGUUCUUGAUAACGUAAGUAGCAAGGAACAAAUCGAUGCUCUUCUCGGCAACCGCGACUGGAUUAAGCGGGGAAGCAAGAUUGUCAUUGCAAUGACAGAUAAGUCGUUGAUACAGAGUUUUGUCGAUGAUAUUUACGAGGUCCCUCGGUUAAGCGACAGAGACGCCUUACAACACUUUAUCCAUUAUGCAUUUAGUGAUCAAGAAGGAGAUCAUCGUCAUCAUGCUCUUGGGAUAGGAAAAUUCACGAAGCUGUCGAAAGAUUUCGUGCAUUGUACGAAAGGAAAUCCACUAGCUCUGAAGAUAUUGGGCGCAGAGCUUUUGGGGAAAGACGAGACUCACUGGGAACUAAAGCUAGAUGCAUUGAGUCAGCACCAUAAAAGUCCACCAGGACAAAGCACAAGCAAGAUGCUUCACAAUGUUUGGAAAGGGAGUUACGAUGGAUUGAGUCAACAACAGAAAGAUACGCUUCUUGAGAUAGCGUGCUUCAAGUCGCUAGAUGAGAAUUACGUUACGAGUUUAUUGGAUUCGGAUGGGCUUAAGAACGAAAUAGAAGAUCUAGUGAACAAGUUCAUGAUUAGUAUUUAUGCUGGCAAAGUAGAGAUGCAUGAUACUUUGUAUAUGCUCUCCAAGGAACUUGACCGAGAAGCUACUGCUACUGAUGGAAAAGGGCGCCAUAGGUUGUGGCACCACAAAACCAUAACUCAUGUGCUGGAAAAAAAUAAGGGAGCUUCUCAUGUCAGAUCGAUUCUUCUUGACUUGUCUGAUAUAACAAGAAAAAUGAGCUUCCAUAGCCAUGCUUUCGCCAACAUGAGCGAUCUACGAUAUCUCAAAAUCUACAGCACUCAUUGUCCUCAAGAAUGUGACCGUGACAUUAAAUUAAACUUCCCCGAAGGACUCCAACUACCAUUGAAUGAGGUGAGAUGUCUCCACUGGUUAAAAUUCCCAGAGAAAGAAGUUCCAAAAGAUUUCAACCCGAAGAAUUUGGUUGACCUUAAGCUCCCUCACAGCAAGAUUGAACGAGUUUGGGAGGAUAACAAGGAUGCAUCAAAACUAAAAUGGGUCAACUUGAAUAACUCAAAGAACUUGAGAACUUUGUCUGGUUUAGGAAAGGCUCAAAAUAUUCAAGAAUUGAAUCUUGAAGGCUGUACGGCGUUGAGAAUGUUGCAUGUGGAUAUGCAAAACAUGAAGUGUCUUGUUUUCUUGAACCUGAGAGGAUGCACAAGUCUCGAGUCUCUUCCACAGAUAAAAUUGAUCUCUUUAAAAAAUCUCAUCCUCAGCGACUGCUCAAAUUUUAAAACCUUUCAGGUUAUUUCAAAUAACCUAGAAGCUCUAUACUUGGAUGGCACUGCAGUAAAAGAACUUCCUUGUGACAUACGGAUCCUCCAGAGACUUGUCUUAUUGAACAUGAAAGGUUGCAAGAAGUUGAAAAGGCUCCCUGAUAGUUUUGGUGAGCUAAAAUCUCUUGAAGAACUUAUACUCUCUGGUUGUUCAAAGCUCAAAGAAUUUCCAAAAAGUGGGGGAAACAUGAGCCGUUUAGAGAUUCUGCUUUUGGAUGAGACAGCCAUUGAAGAGAUCCCGAGAAUAUUCUCAGUGCGGCGUUUAUGCUUAAGCAGGAAUGAGAAGAUCAGCCGACUUCCGGAUCUAAUCAAUCAAUAUUGUCCUAAACUGCAGUGGCUUGAUUUGAAGCAUUGUAAGAAUCUUACACAUGUUCCUCAGCUUCCACAAAAUCUUCAGUGUUUAGAUGUACGUGGCUGCAGCUCACUCAAAACAAUUGCGACACCACUGGUAUGUUCUACGCCGACAGAGCAGAUCCAUUCUAAGUUCAUUUUCACUAAUUGCAACGAACUGGAAGAAGCUGCGAAGAAGGAGAUUGUAGUCCAUGCUAAACAAAAGUGUCAGUGGCUAUCAAGUUCACUUAAACGCUGCAAUGGGGGUUGUGUUCCUGAGAUUUUGUUUGACAUUAGCUUCCCGGGAUGUGAAGUGCCUUCAUGGUUUCGUCAUGAAGCAAUUGGAUCUCUGGUGGAGUUUGAGUUACCUCCUCAUUGGAAUCACAAGCAGCUUUCUGGGAUAGUCCUAUGUGUUGUUGUCACAUUCAAGAACUGUCAAAAUGAUGCCAACUUAAGAGUCAAAUUCACUGCAGAGGGCUCUUGCACCAGCAUUACUUGGAAGGUUGGAAGUUUGAUUGAACAAGACAGCGAAGUAAACACAGACACAGUUGAGUCAGAUCAUGUCUUUAUUGGCUACACCAACUGUCUAGACUUCAUAAAACUUCUUGAAGGCCAAGGUACUCGUAAAUGUACUCCGACAAAGGCCUCCCUUGAGUUUAGUGUGACAACUGGUGCUGGUGGGGAAGCUAGGUUUGAAGUUUUGAGAUCCGGCUUCAGUUUUGUGUUUGAACCUGAAGAGAUCAAAGUUUCAUUACCAAGGGAUGAAGAAGUCAAAGGUAAAACAAAAAUUAACGGAACUCCAAGUGCUAAUGUUUGUUUCAAGGUUCAACCAAAGGGAUAUGAAUCUCGAAAGAGCCAGUAUCAGAGUUACAUCGAAAGCUCUGUUAAUAACAUCACAUGUGAAGCACAUUCUUCCCAAACAACUGGUCUUGAUUUCACUCUUUUGUAUUAAAAGGCAUCUGCUUUCAACCCAGAAAGAUCUUGUAGAUUAUCUCUGUUUUCAAUCUGUUUAUUCAUUGAAAGAAAGACCAAGAUAGAUUCAAGAACCAGAGUGAUCUAUAAGACAUCUCUAACAAUGUUUUCGCUACAACAAACACUUUUCAUCACUUGGCUUAAAAAUUCUACAAAAGAA